AUGCGCUCCUCAAUCAUCAAAAGCCUUCUUCUUUUGGCUGUCUCCCCUCUAUCUGUCCUCGCACUUCCCGUGGACCCCAACGACGUGGCCGGUCAAUGGGACCCGAGUGGACAGUACCGAAAAGGCCAGUGGCAGCAUGGCGUGUUCGUCGCCAACAACGGCGAUAACCGCCACAAUCAAACCAAUCAGACUGGCCAAGUUGAGCAUGACGGCCAGUGGCGCGACAACAACCAAAACGGUCAAUACAGCCAGAACGGCCAACAAAACAACCAAAAUGGCUGGACUGAUGCCAACGGCAAAUGGCACGCCAACAACCAGAACGACCAGAAUGGCUGGACUGACGGAAAUGGUCAAUGGCACGCCAACAACCAAAAUGGUCAGAAUGACCAGAAUGGUUGGACCGAUGCCAAUGGCCAGUGGCACGCAAACCAAAAGCGCCAUUCUAUCCCCUCCGUGGCCUCACGCAACGAACCCAAUGAUAACAACAACCUGAACUCCGCCAACAACGCUCAGGUUACUCCCAGCUCCCAGAACAGCAAGUACCAGAGCUACGGAAACUACAAGAACUACGGCUCUUACCAGAACUACCCCACCAACGACCAAAACAAGGCCCAGAACAAGGAUAUCAAGGCCAUCACUGGUCAGCAGGAGUAA